AUGUGACGUCAGUUCCCAGAUCCUGGAGCUAAUGAGGAAGUUUCUGGUUCUGUGAGAAUCGGACAAACACUUUGAUCUGGUCAGGAUGGACGGUUCCGGUCUGGUUUCUCCUGAGAGGCGCUUUUCUUUCGGUGUCGUUUGGUUCUUGGUUCUGUUCUGCCGAACCGCGGAACCAGCAGCUGCUGUGGAGAAAUCAUCUGAGCUGCAGAAUGUUAGGAUUAACCAGACGCUGCUGACCUGGAGCUCAGCGGCCAGUGAUGGCGAGUUUUCUGUGGAGUAUCGAGGCUCUAGCUUUGACUCUAAAUGGACUCCGCUAGACAGAUGCAACCAAACACGCCUCACUUCCUGUGACGUCAGUCAGGAGCAAAAUCGGGAGGAGUUCGGAUGUCUGCGUGUUCGCGUCGCUGCUCAGAGAAACGGAGAGAAACCUGUGGAAGCCUGCAGCAGAGAAGGUCAUCCAUGUUCUCCUAACGUCACGCUGAGCGUCUCUCCCGGAUCCCUCACUGUUCUUCUGCACAGAAACCCACCUCUGCAUGCGGAAUACGCCAAUAACUUCAAACACAGGAUCACCUUCAGGAAGGAAGGAGAAGAGCCUGAGGAACAGGUGGACGAGUUUGCCUCGCGGGACUUUGACGACCUGGAGGCGGGUCAGCGGUACUGUGUUCAGGUUCAGUUUGUUCUCUAUGGGGAGAAUCUUCUGGGUCCGCCCAGCUGUGAGCAGUGUGAGACCAUCCCUGCCUCCGACCCCGACCCCAGUAAGAUCCUGAGCUCUACCGGUCCUCAUGUCACAGCUGUAUCCAAAACGACCCAGAUCGUCGUGGUUUCCAUCGUGGUUUCUGUGAUCUUCCUGUUGGUCGGCUUCGCCUACAUCCACCUCUUCAAAUCCAGGAAAAUCAAAGAGUGCCUCCAGCCCCCGUACACCAUCCCAGGGUUCUUCCAGGAUCUCCCUCCGGUGCGCGACCCUGCCUACCUGGCUGUCAAUCCCUCUGAGGAAAACUACGACGUGGUUUCCAGUGUGAUUCCAAAGCAGCCUAGAGGAGUCUGAGCCGGACCGCCGCCGCCAUGCGGCUGCCUGGGCCGCCGCCGCCAUGCGGCUGCUCCUGAGGAGGAGUCGGACCUCCUGCUCUCUCUGCUCAGACUGAACACUUUCCAGAACCCUGGUCUGACCUCAGGGAGGCGGAGCUGCUGAGCUGGACUGAUUUCAGCUCCAUCUGUCUGGAUCCUCGGAACCAAGAGACUGAGCCGCUACAGAACCCAGCAGAACUCAUCCCCACUGAAAGACUCAUUUUAAUAUUUAUAGAUUUCUUUUUAGACCCUAAUCUGAGCCUAGGAAAGCUGGAACUGGUUUUGUGUUUUUACAAUGAUUGGAUCAGGUGGUUCUAAUGUUCUGGUUUAUUUUAAACAUUUACUUUUGGUUCCUUUAACCGUGAAACGGUUCCCCUAAACUGAUCUGGAUCAGAAGCAGCCGCUCCUUCCACUAAUCCUCCCUCCUGGUUGCUGCAGUCAGAACCUGAUGAGUCUAGAACCCGUUUUCUCUGCCGGAUCAGAGGAAGGCCGUCUGUCAGAUGUUCUGUUACGUUUCGCUUCGGGGGAAACCUGAUGCGGUUCUGGGUCCGACCGCAGCAGAACCAGCAGGUUCCUGUUAUUUCUACAUGUGUAAAAUAAAAUGUAAAAAUCA